UGCUAAAAUGCCGGCGAGUAGAAGUCUGCCACAGGAUCGUUUAGUAGACUUUGGCGAUGGCCACCAGCCCAUUUUGCUGCAGUACAGAUGUGCCAAAAGGUACUACAAGUGCAAAAACUAUGAUGGAAGUCCGGGCUUGAAUUGGAUCGAGUUCUGCGUCCACCACGAGGGAGUUCUCAAUUUUUCCGCGUACCCCAAGCAGCUAAUCCUGAACGCCGUCUUCGAUGCGGUGGAAGGCGAACAGUUCUUUCCCGUCAACUAUCAGUGCGGCAGUCAUGUGGACAGCUUUCUGGUGCGCGCCUGCAAGCCCGCGCUGGACAAGUUCUUCAAUCGUGGCCUCAAAAUAAGAGUCUCUACGGGCGCCGAGCUCUAUUUGAGCGUGUGGUUCAAUGUGGCUGACAACCAGAGGAAUCAAAUUUCACCUGCCUUCGUCAUUUCUCAGGUAAUAGAUCGCCUCCUGGGCCGUCUGGAGCAUUAUCACGGCGUGCAUGGCGUGCUUAAUCUGAGCAACUUCAGUGCCAAUCCGUAUUUUAGGCACUUUGAGGUGAGGCUCUCGAAUCCGGGCACUUUCCACUUGGUCUGCUCGACCAUCAACAACAACGACGAUCGACGUCGUGCCAUAAAAGGCUUUUGCUUAGCCCACAAUCAACUGUGCGAUCUGGGUCCGCUGAGAAUCUUUGGUGACAUUGACUACGGGCUGUUGGAUCUGACCGGCAAUAUGUUAACCUCAGCUAAGCGCCUUUGCAGCGACCUGCAACGCAUUCGUGCCAAGCAGCUGAAUCUGGCCAAUAAUCCGAUAACCAAGUCGUCCAAAUAUCCCGAUUGCUUAAAGCCAUUGUUGGGCAAUUUUGAGAUUGUGGACGGCGUGCCCUUUGACAAGCUGUACAAGAUGUACACGCCGCUCAACUAUGAGAUCGACGUGGAGUGCGAUGGCGUGCGUAUUGACUGGAGCAACAAAUCGAGGCUGGCCCAGUUCAGGGACAGCAAGGAUUGGCAUGCUUUUCUGAUACCCGAUCCGGAGCACGAAUUUGCCAAGGAGGAUCUGUUUGACUAUUUCUUCAUUUUGGUUUCCAGCGAGCUGAGCGAAUUUUAUCCCUGCUAUUACAAGUACGACGGCGGCGAGCAUCGGUUUCUGGUGCGCGAUUGCUACGAUCAGAUCGAGCAUCUGGUGCUCAAUUGCAAUCUGGAGAUGAAAAUACCGCAACUGAAUUCGAAUUAUCAGCGCUCCAUUGCCUACUAUUUGCGCAUGAAUGUGAGCACACUGAAGCAGGGACAUGUCGAGCCCAGGCAGUGCAUCGAGGAGGCACUGCAGAAGCGCUUCAAUGCCAUCAAUCGUGUGCUCAAUCUGGAACAGUUCCAGAACACCGAUGUUCUCGAGAAUGUGCAUGUGUGCCUGACCUCGGCCAGGAUACUCAACAGCAUUUUGCGUAUGGCCUCGCGCAAGUUUCUCGGCAAUUGCGUUGAUUUGCGAUUGUGCAACAAUAAGAUCUUGGGCCUCAACAAUCUGCGCACGUUGUCGCUGCUGAACGGCCUGCAGGCCCUGGACUUGGGUCAGAAUUGGAUAGAUGAUAUCUCGGCGAUUGGUGCGCUUAGCGAGGUGCCGCUUAAAUCCUUGCGCCUGCACGGCAAUUCCCUGUGCCGCAAGUACAGUCUGCCCAGCGCCUAUAUACGCGCGGUAAAGGAGGUAUGUCCCGGUCUGCAGCGGCUGGACGAUGUGGAUCUGAGCAGCAGGCCAGGUCUGACGACGCAAAAGGAUUUCCUAUGCGAUCCGGCUGCCUAUGAGCUGACCGGCGAGCUAUUCCUCUGCCAAUUUCUGCGUGAAUUCGAGCUCUCCGAUCAGCGCAUCAAUCUGAGCCGUUUCUAUACGGACAGCUCCAUAUUCACAUUGACCUGCAGCUAUGACAUCCGACGUUGCCAUCCCGUAAAGCCCAGCAACGAGCUGUGCAAGCGCAUCAACAAGUACAACUACUUUAGCAGGAAUCUUCUGAAGAACUCGCGCGACACCUGCCGUGUCCAUGUGGGUGGCCAUGAUAUAAUGCUGGUGCUCAUGCAGCUGCCGGAGGUCACGCACGACUAUGUCUCACUGCAGACGGAUGUGAUGCACUAUGACGACCAAAUGGCCAUUAUCUAUGUGAACGGCGUGCUGCACGAUGGCGCCGAUCUAUUGCUGGCCUUCAGCAGGCAGUUUGUGCUCAAGGUGGAUGCCACCGGCCUGGGCGUUGGCAAGAGAGCGCGCAGCAUGAAGAUCAUUAACGAGCGCUUCAAUAUCAUGAAUCCGUCGCCGAAGCAGCAGCGCGAUGCCUUCAAGUUCGUUGAGCUGCCCAUGGAUCAGGAGCUGUCCAUGCCCGAGCAAGAGACGGUGGAUGUCAAGGAGCACAAGCUCUACAUAUUCCAGGAGAUAACAGGGCUGCGACCCAAAUGGUGUACACGCAUCGUGCAGGAGGAGGCCAACUGGGAUUUCCAGCUGGCGCUCGAGCAGUUUCUGCGCAUGGAGACGGCCAACGAGCUGCCGGACGAAGCAUUUCUCUAAACCCAAAGUCAUUUUUUAUCAACCGGCACAAAUGACGCAGGCGAGCAUCAAGUGUUUGCCCUUAUAAAUUAUACGACACUCGAUUAUGUCAAUAACUAACUAACCGAACCAAAAACCAUAUCAACAAUUGCGCAGGCGAAUAUUUGUUGUUUGUGAUUUGCCUGAGUGCCUGGCAAAUCAAUAGUUGCUCAUUUUUUUUUCUUUUUAUAACUGUAACCAAACUAAUCUCUGUGAUUAACUGUAAGGCUAGACGGAAAUCUCGACAGACACACUUUUAUUUCCAUUGUUCGCUUAUCAGCUUAACAUAACUAAUUUAUUAACAUACAUAGCACUAGUUGCUGCAUUAUCAUUGCCAAGACGCACUCCAGCAGGCGUUUAGG